AUGGCUGAUUAUGUUGAUAUUUCCAACUCAGCACAAAGCCAACCUGCUACAGAAUUGAGGAUUGUGUUGAUAGGAGGAAGGAGAUCAGAUGGAAGUCUCCGUGGUAAAAGUUCAGCUGGAAACUUCAUCCUGGGUCAAAAUGUUUUUGACACCAGCAGAAGAACAACUCAGAGUGAAGUGAGGCAGCAGGAAGUGUUCAGCAGACGAGUCACAGUGGUUGAUACUCCAGGAUGGUGGUGGAAUUGGCCUAGAGAAGACACCCCAAAACUGGAUCAGAUAGAAAUCCAGAACAGUGUCCAUCUAUGUCCACCAGGACCUCAUGUCUUUCUCCUGGUUAUUCCUGUUGAUUUACAUUCAUCUCAGCUUGUCAAAGCAUCACUAAAGGAGCACUUGGAGCUUUUCAAUGCAAAUGUUUUCAGUCACUCCAUCGUUUUAUUCACUGCAGUUGAUCCAUGUAGUGAUGAAAAUGUAGAAUCCAAAAUCAGAAGAAGUCCAGUCCUGCAGUGGAUUCUUCAACAAUGUGGAAACAGAAAACAUUUUCUCAACAUCAGUAACAGAGAAGAUAGAGAUCAAGUCAAGAAGCUUUUAGAGAAAAUUGAGACCCUGAUUACAAACAAUGGAUUCAGACACUGUUCUGUUGACAGAAGACAAGGAGAAGCUCUGAGAGAAGAAAUGAGAGAUUUGACUGAAAGAGCCUCAAAAAGGUUUGAUCAAGUCCAGAAACAAAGAAACAAACUGAAGCUACAGAUUGAAGGUGGAAAAGUCCCUCCAGACCAUUUAAGAAUAGUGAUGAUUGGAGGAUCAUUUGCUGGCAAAAGCUCAACAGGAAACACCAUUCUAGGGAAAAAUAGGUUUAAUGUUAAUGAAAAGGGUGACAGAACAACCCACAGUGAAAUCAGCCACAGUGUGGUUGAAGGAAGACGAGUCACAGUGGUUGAUACUCCAGGAUGGUGGUGGUUUUGGCAUAGAGAAGACACCCCAAAACUGAAUCAGAUAGAAAUCCAGAACAGUGUCCAUCUGUGUCCUCCAGGACCUCAUGUCUUUCUGCUGGCCAUUCCUGUUGAUUUAUAUUUACCACAGUGGGUCAAAGCAUCACUAAAGCAGCACCUGAAACUUUUCAAUGCAGAUGUUUUCAGUCACACCAUCGUGCUGUUCACUGCUGUCGCUCCAUCUACCUAUGAUGAGAAAAAGUCCAGAAUCAGAAGAAGUCCAACCCUGCAGUGGAUUCUUCAACAAUGUGGAAACAGAAAACAUUUUCUCAACAUCAGUAACAGAGAAGACAGAGAUCAAGUCAAGAAGCUUUUAGAGAAAAUUGAGACCCUGAUUACAAACAAUGGAUUCAGACACUGUUCUGUUGACAGAAGUCAAGGAGAAACUCUGAGAAAAGAAAUGAGAGAUUUGACUGAAAGAGCCUCAAAAAUGUUUGAUCAAGUCCAGAAACAAAGAAACAAACUGAAGUUACAGAUUGAAGGUGGAAAAGUUCCUCCAAACCAUUUAAGAAUAGUGAUGAUUGGAGGAUCAUUUGCUGGCAAAAGCUCAACAGGAAACACCAUUCUAGGAAAAAGCAUGUUGAAUGUUAAUGAAAAGGAUGACAGAACAACCCACAGUGAAAUCAGCCACAGUGUGGUUGAAGGAAGGCGUCUCACAGUGGUCGAUUCUCCUGGAUGGUUUUACAUCAACAUCCUUCAGGAAACCAGUGAGAUGGAUAAACUGGAAAUAGAGAACAGUGUGAAUCUGUGUCCUCCAGGACCACAUGCUGUGCUGCUGGUUGUUCCUGUAAUAAUCAACAUUGAUGAAUCAUAUCUGAGAUUUGUUCAGGAACACAUGAGUCUGUUUAGAGAAGAAAUCUGGAAACACACACUUGUUCUGUUUACCUAUGGAGACUGUUUAGGAGUGAAGACUGUAGAGGAGCGCAUAGAGAGUGAUGAAGGUCUGCAGUGGAUAGUGAACAAGUGUGAGAACAGGUAUCAUGUCCUGAACAACAAGGACCAGAGUGAUAAGACUCAGGUAAAGGAACUACUGGAGAAGAUUGAAGAGAUGUGGGCAGGAAAUGAAGAUCCUUACUAUGAAGUGGAGCUGAACCGAGCAGCAGAGCUAGAAACCAAGAGAGAGACUGGAGACAAGAUGGCCAAGAGGUUGAAGAGGAUCAAAGAGAGAAAGACAAGAGUCCUGAAAGAGCUGAUAGGAGAUGAGAGACAGCAAGUCACUGAAAUCAACAUUGUUCUUAUUGGCCAGAAAUGCUCAGGAAAAAAAACAGCUGGAAAUCUGAUUCUUUUCAGCAAGAGCUUCAAUAUAAACUCUGAGAGAGCUUGGUUGAAAAAGACAACUCAGGUCUUCUGGUUUUGACCUGUUCUACAUCUCCAGAACCAGAACCAAAUCUGGAGAAGCAGUGUUCAGCGUCUAUGCACCACAAAUCGGGAACAAACUAACAGGAAACUGCAAAACAGCCGAAACAGCGAGUACUUUUAAAAUUAGACUAAA